AUGCAACCAGUUGACGCCGAACGCGCGCGAGAAUUGUCGCUAUUCCGCCCACUAGGUUACCAAAGGAACUCGUGUGGUUACUGCAAGUCCGACAAUGGAAGUGCAUCGUACUACACCAGUUCCACAUCGGGUUCUCUUUACUACAAACAGAACCUGCAGCGGUCGUGUUGUCCUCAUUACACCCUGAGACUUGAGGCUUCCGAAUAUCGGCCCCGCCGCGAUCAGCGGAAGGCAAUCAACCGAUGGAACAAAUUCAUUCUGGGCCCAGAGUAUAUGCGCAAGGCAGCCCGGCUCUGCCCGCGCACUCGCGAGGAGAAAAAGCACCGCAAAUGCAACUUCGAUGUGGUGACUGCCGUCCACGAGUCGGAGUACAGCAAUGUCAAGCGGCCCGUGGAUCCUGCUACCAAGCGUCCACUAGAACCAGCGCAUCGCUUCGAAGUUAACAUCGAAGGCGACUCUGUGUCUCAGGCAAAGUUCGAGCUGUUCCGAAAGUACCAGACGGCCAUCCAUAAAGAGGAUGUAUCUCGAUGGAAGCCGAAGGACUUUCAGCGAUUCCUCUGCUCAGGUCUUCAGCGAUCGCCUGCCUCAGCACAGAACAGCUCCGAAAAGAAAAUCGGCUCCUGGCACCAAUGCUAUCGUCUCGAUGGAGAGCUAGUCGCAGUCGCGGUCCUGGACUUGGUUCCAAACGGCGUCAGCUCCGUCUACGUCUUCUACGACCCAGCAUAUGAGCAAUGGGAAUUCGGAAAGCUGAGCGCGAUGCGCGAAAUUGCCUUCUCGCUCGAGAACGAUUACCGCUACUACUACAUGGGGUACUACAUUCAUUCCUGCCAGAAGAUGCGCUACAAGGCCAACUUCCGACCCCAGUACAUCCUCGACCCUGAAACCAAUACCUGGGAUCCGCUUGAUGGCGAGUUGACCGAGAAACUUAAUUCUCGUCCUUAUGUUUCCAUGUCUCGGGAUCGUGCUUCUACCCCUGGAAUCCCGGCACCUGCGCCUGAGCCCCUUGAAGAUGAAGAGCAGAUGUCUCUCUUUGAUGUCCAUAUGCCUGGUGUCAUGACCGCGCCGGAAGUGGAAGCAAUGGAUCUGGGUAAAUGGCUGUUGGUGGUUAAGCAGCACUUUGUCCAUAUGGAGGAUCUGGUCGACUGGGAAAAAACAACCAUCACUUCGCCUAUGUCUAUAAAGGGCAUGGUUGCUGAAUUGGCUGCGGUCUUGGGUCCUAACAUUGUGAAGAACAGCGCAGUGGACUUGUUCAGUUGA